GAAGUUUCAAUUCCAUUUCAACAUCCCCAAGACAAAGGAAAAAAUAAAACUAUGUCUCCAUUUUCAGUUCAAGUAACGAUUCUUUUUGCGACUUUAUUGUUUUCAAGUUCUACUGCUCAACUGAACCCUACGUUUUACGAUACCACGUGUGCAAAUGUGUCGAGCAUUGUACGUGGUGUGGUGCAGCAGGCUGCACAGAAUGAUGAACGAAUUGGUGCCAAGCUCAUCCGCCUUCACUUCCACGAUUGCUUUGUUGAUGGGUGUGAUGGCUCAAUUUUGCUAGAUGACGCAGAUGGCAUAGCGAGUGAGAAAAAUGCAGCUCCUAAUGCCGACUCAGCAGCUGGGUUUGAUGUGGUCGAUGAUAUCAAAACUGCAUUAGAGAAUGUUUGCCCAGGAGUAGUUUCAUGUGCAGAUAUUUUAGCCAUUUCCUCUCAGAUAUUGGUUUCUUUGGCUGGAGGCCCAACAUGGGAAGUUCAAUUGGGAAGAAGAGAUAGCAAGGCAGCCAACCAAGCAGGUGCUAAUACUUCCAUUCCAAGUCCUUUUGAAAGCCUUAGCAACGUCACAGCCAAGUUUACUGCUGUGGGACUUGAUUCCACUGAUCUAGUUGCUUUAUCUGGUGCACAUACAUUUGGGCGGGCACAAUGUAGGGUUUUCAGUCAAAGGCUUUACAACUUCAGCAACACCGGAAACCCAGACCCUAGCCUAGACACAACAUACUUGGGAACACUUCGCCAAACAUGUCCGGAAGGUGGGAAUGGCAAUGCCAUAACCAAUCUUGAUCCCUCUACUCCUAAUGGCUUUGAUAAUAACUACUUCACAAACCUUCAAAACAACCAAGGCCUUCUCCAAACUGAUCAGGAGUUGUUCUCAACUACUGGGGCUGACACAGUUGACAUCGUAAACCGUUUUGCUAAUAGUCAGAGUGAAUUCUUUGACAAUUUUGCUAAGUCAAUGAUUAAUAUGGGAAAUAUAAGCCCCUUGACAGGAAAUAAUGGAGAGAUAAGGCUUGAUUGUAAGAGGGUCAACUGAAAUAUAUAACACUAACAAUGUUAAAGGAUGUAUCUAACAAAAUGUUAGAAACCAGGGGAAAAAAAUGAACCAAUAUACCAAUUUCAAAUCCCUGCUUGAACA